AUUUCUCCCCAGAAGUCAUACGAGUAUCGGACACGAUGUCGAACAAGAUUACAAUCCUUCUGGCUGUUCUGCUUGCGGUGGUGGCUUGUGCCCAGGCACACGCUUCACACCAACGGCGAGUUCCCUAUCCCCUGCCCCGAUUCCUGCCUCGGCCCCAUCACACCGUUAGCAAUCAUCGGAUUGUGGGUGGAUUUGAGAUCGAUGUCGCUGAAACUCCGUAUCAAGUGUCUCUCCAGCGCUCCAAACGCCACAUCUGCGGUGGUUCCGUUCUGUCCGGCAAGUGGAUCCUAACGGCUGCCCACUGCACUGACGGUUCGCAACCUGAAAGCUUGACCGUGCGUCUGGGAUCAUCGCGCCACGCGUCGGGCGGAAGUGUUAUCCACGUUGCGCGCAUCGUGCAGCAUCCGGACUACGAUCAGGAAACGAUCGACUACGACUACUCCCUGCUGGAGCUGGAAAGUGUUCUUACCUUCAGCAAUAAGGUGCAGCCGAUCGCACUCCCGGAGCAGGAUGAAGCGGUGGAGGAUGGCAUCAUGACGAUCGUGUCUGGCUGGGGCAGCACCAAGAGCGCCAUCGAGUCCAACGCCAUUCUGCGGGCUGCCAACGUACCGACCGUGAACCAGGAUGAGUGCAACCAGGCCUAUCACAAAUCUGAAGGAAUCACCGAGCGUAUGCUGUGUGCCGGAUACCAGCAGGGUGGAAAGGACGCUUGCCAGGGAGACUCCGGUGGUCCGCUGGUUGCUGAAGACAAGCUGAUCGGUGUCGUUUCGUGGGGUGCCGGAUGUGCUCAGCCAGGCUAUCCGGGAGUCUAUGCGCGUGUUGCUGUCGUUCGCGACUGGAUUCGUGAGACCUGUGGAGUUUAAGGCAGAUGUUCGGAGUGGUACUACCUUGUUGUCAUAAUCAAAUGAGUGAAUUAAUAAAAAUCAACUAUUUAAACUAAAAA